CUGGCGUGGCUUCUCCUGGCCUCUCCGAGAAAGUGGGAAUCCCGAGUCACCAUAGUUUUGGCUCGUGUUGUCCCCGCAUGUGUGUGCAAUCCCAUCCAACCCUCGCUGGCGGUAGUGGGGUACCCGGGACAGCUGCCGUCCAGCGGCCAGGCCGGUGUUUGUUUUGUUCUACGGGUUUAAAACUAAGUCAAAAUGCCAGUAAGACCAGAUCUCCAGCACUUAGAAAAAUGCAUUGAUGAUGCUUUAAGAAAAAAUGAUUUCAAGCCUUUGAAAACUCUUUUGCACAUUGACAUUUGUGAAGAUGUGAACAUUAAAUGCAGCAAACAGUUUUUAUACAAAUUGGAUGAUCUUAUAUGCAGGGAGCUUAUUAAGAAGGAUGCUCACACUGUUUCAGCAAUUUUGGUUUCUAUUGGAAGAUAUGGCAAAAAUAUUACUAUUUUAGGACAAGCUGGAUUUCUCACUAUGAUAAAACAAGGUCUAGUCCAAAAGAUGGUUUCCUGGUUUGAAAAGUCCAAGGAAAUUAUUCUAAGUCGAGGAAAUUCAAAAGAUGAAACUGUUUUAAACAUGGUGGAAGACUUAUUUGAUCUUUUGAUGAUCAUACAUGACAUCAGUGAUGAAGGUAAAAGACAAGUGCUGGAAAAAUUCAUACCUCAACUAUGUACCCUGGUAAUUGAUUCAAGAGUGAAUAUUUGUAUUCAACAAGAGGCUCUGAAAAAAAUGAAUACUAUAUUGGAUAAAAUGCCUCAAGAUAACAGAAAAAUGUUCUCUAACCAAGAAAUGUUAAAUCUCAUGAGUAAUAUGGGCGAAAGAAUUUUAGAUGCUGGAGAUUAUGACUUGCAAGUGGGUAUUGUGGAAGCUUUAUGUAGAAUGACCACAGAAAAACAAAGACAAGAAUUGGCAUGUAAUUGGUUUUCAAUGGACUUUAUUGCUGAUGAAUUUAAAAGCAUUAAAGACUCUGAAUUUGAAACAGAUUGCAGACUAUUUCUCAACCUUAUAAAUGGCAUGCUUGGACAAAAGAGAAGGGUGUUUACAUUUCCUUGCAUAUCAGCAUUUCUUGAUAAACAUGAGCUGAAAAUUCCAUCAGAUGAAAGACUUGAGGAAUUUUGGAUAGAUUUUAAUCUGGGAAGCCAGACUCUUUCAUUCUACAUUUCUGGAGAUAAUGAUGAUCACCAGUGGGAAGCAGUCACUGUACCUGAGGAAAUAGUACAACUAUACAGCAUUGAAGUGAGAGAAUCAAAGAAGCUCCUGACUAUAAUUCUGAAGAAUGUAGUAACAAUUAACAAAAGAGCGGGGAAAAAGUUGCUAUUAUAUUUUGAUGCAUCAUUAGAAAUCACAAAUGUUACUCAAAAAAUUUUUGGUACAAGUAAACAUAGGGAAUUUACCAGAAAACAAGGUAUUUCAGUUGCCAAAACAUCUGUACAUAUACUUUUUGAUGCAAGUGGAUCACAGAUUCUAUUGCCAGAAAGCCAAAUGUCACCAGUCAAAGGAGAACAGAUUGGUUUAAAAGAAAAACCUAAUCUUCAAAAGGAAAUUGCUAAGCCUAUGAAAUACAGCAAAAAUUGUAACCAAGAGGACAAAACAAAUAGUCAACUUGAGAUAAUCACUCCUAGCAAAAGAAAAAUGUCUGAAGCAUCAAUGAUUGUUCCUGGUGCAGAUAGAUACACUGUGAGAAGUCCAAUACUUUUAGUCAACACAUCAACACCACGAAGAAGAAGAAUUAAGCCACCACUGCCAAUGAUGAGUUCUGCAGACAAACCUGAUGUUUCUAAAACAUUGGAAAAUGCAGUGGAUAAUGCCAUGUCAGUCAGAUCUAGACCAUCUAAAGGAACAAAUCAAGGCAAUAAUAUAGACAAACAUAUCAGAACUGCUCAUAUUGUAGAAACGGCUGAAAAUAAGGAUUCUGAAUUUUCAAAACAAAGUUUUAAUGAACUCCAAAAUAUUGUUUCUGAGUCCCAGGCCAAAGGAAAAACAUAUAAACCUGAACUACCUGCUGUUUCAGAAGGCAUCCGUGGAAGUAAAAUGCACUCCAAGUGGUCAUGUUGGACACCUGUAACAAAUAUUAAUCUCUGUAAUAAAGGAGCAAAUACUUCAACUGGAGAUACUUUUAAUGAUGAUGUUAUCAACAAAAAAUUUACAAGACAGAAAUCAUCUUCUUCAAUAUCUGAUAAUUCUGAAGAAAUAGAGAAAGCACAAUGUACAAAAGAAAUAAUGAAGCCUAACCAAACAGAUAAAGCAGAAGUUGAAGUUUACAAUAGAAGCAUUCAGCAACAACUAGAUCAUCCUAAACAUUUGGAGCAGAAAGAUACUGGAGAUACCAAACAGAGUGAUUGGCAUAUUGAAUCUGAAACUACUUUUAAGUCAGUUCUCCUAAAUAAUACAGUUGAAGAAUCUUUGAUCUAUAGGAAGAAAUUCAUAUUGUCAAAAGAUGUGAAUACUGCUGUUUAUGAUAAAAGUCCUUCUAGAAAAAAUAAAAAAAAUCCUAGAAAAUCAAGGAAAGGAUUAACAUCUGAGAUUCAUUCCUGGAAUUUGAAACAAACAAAAAAGAGGGAAGAGCCUACAGGUAAAGGACUUACUGAUGCAACAGAAUCCUUGAUAAACCAGAUUAAUAAGAGAUACAAACCAGUGGAUGAUACAAAGUCUACAAGAAAAUUAAAGGAGGCUUUGAUUGAUGGUGAUUUUCCAAACAAACCUGAUCUGCAACUCAGUAAGGGAAAGGUUCAGAAAAAAAGUUACAGGCAGCUGAAAACUACUUUGGUUAAUGUUACCUCAGAAUGCCCACUAGAUGAUGUUUAUAAUUUUAAUGUGAAUGGAGCUGAUGAGCCUGUUAUAAAACUUGGAAUUCAGGAAUUUCAAGCUACAGAAGCCUCCAUGGAUAAUUCAGUUAAAUUUUUUAGGUUAAGUUCAAGGAGUCAAGAUGAAAUUGAACCUUCUGUCAAAACAAAAGAUAAAAGAAUUAUAGCAAAUGAUAAAAAGAAAAAUCUCUUUAGUGAUAAUGACACAGAAUAUAAGUAUGAUGACAGCAAGACUGAUGUUAGCUGGCUAAGAGAACCAAAAUCAAAACCACAGCUAAUAGACUAUAGCAGAAAUAAAAAGAAGAAACAUAAUACUAGGAAAUCAAAAUCAUACUCAGAAAAAGGACAACCAACAUCUAAAAUGACACCCAACAAAAAUAUCACCAAAAAGGUAGAUGAGACAGUUCCAGAGUGGAGAACCAGACUUCCACGAAGAACAACAAAGACAAAAAAAAAUUAUAAAGAUCUCUCAAAUUCAGAAUCAGAGGAUGAACAAGAAUUUCCCCAUUCAGUCAAAGAGAAAUUGCUAGUAAAGGAGGAGAGUAUCCAUUCCAGGAGCAACACUAUGGAGCUGCCAAAGAAACAGAAUACCUUAUCUAUUGAAACACAAAAGGAAGUAUCAAAAGAAUGGAAAAACACAACAUUAGUAAAAGAUACUUUAAGAGAUAACAGCCUUGACUUAUCUCCUAUAUCUUUAUCUGGGAGUCCAUCGUCUAUAGAAGUAAUGAGAAGUAUAGAAAAAGUAACAGAAAUGAAUUUUACUGAGGAUUAUGACCAUAGAACAAAAUCUUUAUCACCUUGUCAAAAAACAUCAUCAUGUGAAUCCUUAAAUAAUAAAUACGGAGUUGAUGAUCCAAUAAAGUCACCCCAAAACACUGAGAAAAAUGUACUUUGUACAAGAGAAAACUCACCAAUGCUACAGGCAUUGUCUUUGGAAAAUUCCUUACAAUCUUCAUCAUCCAUGUCUAGUGAAGGAGAAGAGAGAGUAUGGUGUGGUAUGCUCCGUGAAACUACUCAUGUGUCAGGUCCAUCACAUCUUAAUCGUAAACGAAUGUACACAGAAGACAAUCAAAGUGGUUCUGAAGUAGAAUUGGAAGAGGAAGAAAGAGUAAACUUGCUUCCCAAAAGAUUGUCUAAAACUGAAGAUGCAGGUCUUCAUGCUUACAAAAUGUCUGAAAAUAUAUCUACAUUAUCAAAAAAAAACAUAUGUACUCCUGAGGAAAAACAACAAAGUCAGAUUUUUCAACUAGGAGAGAGAAAUGAAAACUUCAGUACUAAAUUCCAGAGGAGAAUUGAUGUACGUCAGAAAAUAUUGGACUAUUUUAGUAAGCAGUCUUGGAAAACAGCUCAUCAACAUCUGAAAAAAAUGAAUCAUCAGAUUCAGGAUUAUAGGAUGAAAAGACUUGAUAAAUUCCAAUAUGUCAUCCUGGAGGAACUGGAGAAACUUGAAAAAGAUACACAGUCUUUAAAAGAUUUAGAGAAAGAAUUUGUGGAUGUUUGGGGAAGGAUACUUCACAAGUUCACAGCCUAUCAGAAAAGUGAACAUCAGCGACUUCGCGUUUUGAAAGCUUCUUUGGACCAAAAUGUUUUCCCCAACACUGAUUAUGAAGAAACUAUUUGCACAUCUGAGAUGAAUUUGCUAAAAGAAGACAUGAAAAUGCUGCAAGACAAACUUCUUAAGGAAAUGCAAGAAGAGGAUCUUCUAACUGUACGAAGAGGAUUGAUGUCAUUGUUCAUGACUCAGGAAAGAAAUUUGUGUGCUAUAUAGCUGUUAGAAUGUAUUUUACCCAGUUGUUUUUAUAUAUAACUUAAAUGUGGCAGUAUUCGGAAUCUGAGAAUUAAAAAUGAUAAAUUAUGACCUAGUUUCAAGUCUCAAAGAUUUCCUCUAUAUUACACUUUUUGUCUUCACAGAGGAAAUUUUAGAAAAGCAAAUAGUAAAAGGAAUUGAUUUACUUACAUUAUUACAUUGUUAUCUAUACUCUUUUAUGUAUUUUAAAUGAAGUUUAGUCUAAAGUAUUAACUUUCACUACCAGUGCAGGUUUUUUUUUUCUUGGUUUUGAACAAUAAGACAUACAGGCUAAAUCUGGCCUGCUCCCUGGUUUUUCAAAUAAAGUUUUAUUGAAACACAA